CAGUAAGAAUUAGCAUACUUUAUGAUAAACAUUGUGCAAGUACUCAAACCAAAAACUCAUUAGUUUGUCUGGUUUACAGAAUCAUUUUUAAUUUUUAAUAACCAUGGCGUAAUAUUUGUAUUACAUCGUCAAAAUAUUUUAUCAUGGAAAACUAUACGAAAAUGAAUGGGGGAAUGGAGCACAAAACUCCUGGUCACAAUGCAGUGCUGCAUAAAGCACACAAAAACUACAAAUUGCUUAUGGAUCCAUUCCUUGUGAAAGUAGCAGCUAAAUUGUACAGAUAUGAUGGAUGUGUUCCUGGAGAUUCAAAUUAUCCUCCGGUACAGUGCAGAGAUCCUAGAUCUCAGCUCUCGAGAAUAUGGAAUAGACUUGAACCAGCAGAUUUACCAGUACCCAGAUUUAAAAUUGACAAAAAUUAUGUAGGCGUACCACCACAACUAGAGAUAACUAUAGCAAAUUUGAAUGAUAACAUUGAUAAAGCAUUUUUGGUUGACAUGAUGAAUAAAAUAGGCCCAUAUGAGGAAUUGACAAUAUUCUAUCAUCCAAUAACAAAUAGACACUUAGGGUUUGCAAGAUUAGUUUUCCAAGAUGUAAAAUAUUCUAAAUUAUGUAUAGAAAAAUAUAAUGGGAAAUCUGUCAUGGGCCAGGUGCUAGAAGUAUUUCAUGAUCCAUUUGGUAAGAAGUGUCAAGAGAUCUUCGAAGAUAAGACCAUGGAGAAGAGGCCACAGCCCCUCGCUCCCACUAUGAAGCCACCAGUUGUGGUUGAAGAUGUACGUCAACCAGUUGAUCCAACACUUAGCAAAAGAUUAGAGGAAACUAAAUUAACUGAAAAGGAGCCAUAUUCUCGGUACAAAGAUGUGGAACACAGUGACAGCAAUGCACGAUGGUUAGAUGAGGAGCGGGAACGGGAACACAGACACAAGCAUCGCAGUCGCAGUGAUCGCGACAGAGACAAAGACAGAGAUAGGGAUAGGGAUAGAGAUAGAGACAGGCAUAGAGAAAGAUACAGGGAGCGUUAUUCACGUGGCACUAGUGAGACGAGCGAGCCGGCGUAUCCGUCAUCGAGCCACACCUCUGAAGUGCCCUAUACUCCCGCAGGACCAAUACCAUAUGAUGCCUACUACCAGCAGCCAGGAUACAGUUACGGGUAUGGAGCGACCGCGGCUACUCCGGGCGGUAGCGGCGUAUGGUGGAACGAUUGGCGUCAACCUCACCAGCACGCGCUGCACACGCCUACACAACAUCACCAGCACUUGGAGCGACGGGCGAGCGCGACGCCGUCGUGGGCCUCCACCCCCGCGGCCGUGCCGCAGCCCGAGCCCGAGAUCAAGGAGAAAAAGGACAAGGAAAAGGAGGUUCCAGUGGAGAACAAAGUUGUUGAGCCAAUAGAACCCCGGCCGCCAAAAGAUCCUGUGGAGGAUAAGGAACCAGAGCCGAAACCGCCUCCGCCCGCAGACGAACCUAAGAACGUUGAUCUCGAUACUAGGAUAGCUAUGUUGCUGAAAGGCGCAGGCAGCGGGGCCGGCACGGGGGGUGCGCUGGCGCCGCCGUUCCUGUCCCUGGGCAUGUCGUCCGAGGAGGAGGACGACGACCGGCUGCCCACCAACAUACCAGACCUCGACACACACCACCCGCCCUCCGACGACGAUUCCGUAAGCGAUGAUCGGGAGAGUAUAAUAUCGUUGGAGGAACCAAGAGAUAUAGAGCCAGAGCCAUUAUCGACCACACCUUCACCAUACCUCUCCAGGGAGUACUAUCUCGAAUGUCUACAAAUGACGGUUGAAAAGAAGCCGAAAACGAAGUCGGCGCCCCGUAAGUCCACGACAAUUGACAAAAUCGUCUCGGACAUCUCGUCAUCGGAAGACGAGCUGCUGACGGGCGAAAAACGGCAGCGCUCAGUUCCGCCGACCGACGUACGUGAUCUGGACAACCUAGAAGACGACCAGAUGUCUCUGUCGUCGCUGUCGUCGACGGAGGCCAAGAUCGAGGAGGCGGUGCCGGCAGACGUGUACUACUCGUACACGGGGGCCGCCCCCGCCUCCGCCCCCGCCCCCGCCGCGCACCCGCCCCACUACUACCACCACGUGUGGCCCCCCGUCGUAGCAUAUCCGGGCGGGUAUGGAGCGGUGCGAGCGAUGGGCCCGGUGCGUGCGGUGGGCGCGGACGUGGCGCUGGCGUACAGCGCCCCAUUUGGAGGACCACCACUGUUACCGCACUACGCGCCCUAUCAUGAAACGCACCAUCCGCCACAGCAAGAAAUGGACAAUCCGUACUACCCAACUAUCAAUAGCGUUAUCGAACGCGUAACAACCGAGCUUAAGCAGAUUUUGAAAAAGGAUUUCAAUAAGAAGAUGAUCGAGAGCACCGCGUUCAAGAGCUUUGAGAUGUGGUGGGACGAGCAAAGUCGCAAGUUGAGACAGAGUGUUAAACUGAAACCCGAGGAUACUGGCCAACCAUUGCAGGACAUUUCGAACAAAAAGGAAGAGCCAGUAGACUCAAUUAAGACUAUAAUGGAAACACGAGAACUCGGGUUGGAGCUAGGCGGAUAUGGUUCAGGCAUUGGGCUGGGUCUCCGUGCCGCCAUUCCCAAGAUGCCGAGCUUCCGCCGCAAGAGGAAGAUACCCUCACCUGUCGUUAUGGACGAGGACUCUUCUAAGAGGCUGAGUGAUCAGGAGGAGAUGGUUCAAAAUUCAGACGAAGAAAAGGAAGUACCAGGAAGUCCAAAUCACAGGACUACGGGCUCGUACCUUUCCCGCAGUCAACGGCAGCGAUCCACUAGCUCCUCUAGGUCAUCGUCGUCGUCGUCAUCGCGGUCGUCGUCGUCGGAGUCAGAGUCGGAGCGAAAAGGCCCCGCGCCUAGGAUCUACUCUGACACUGACGAUGAUUCUGAACUCGAAGACGCUGAGCUCAAGGUUGUAUCAAACAAGGAAAGAUUACGAAGAGUAUACUCAUCGUCAUCAGAUAGUGAAGAAGAACAGAGGAGACGGGAGAGGGAAAAGACGCCCAUCCCGGAGGUGGAGGCGUCAGAAGAGCGACUGGGCUCUCCAAUCGUGUCGCCGGAGGGCCCGCGCGACCUGCUGCUCGACCGCGUCUACUCGGACUCGGAGGAGGAGCGCGAGUACCAGGAGAGAAGAAGACGAAAUACCGAAUAUAUGGAGCAGAUCGAGAGAGAAUUUUUGGAGGAGCAAAGAAAAACAAUGGAAGGGGCCAUGCGCCCACAGCCUGAUAAACCUCCUGACGAAAGCAUACAAGAAAGCAAACCAGAAGAGUCCAGAAGUAGUCCUGUCAAGAACCAUUUGAAAUCUCCCGAUAAGAGAGAGACUAAAGAGGGGUUAGAAGAAGGUGAAAUAUCUUCAGAAGAGGAGCCUUUAGAAGUUAGAAUAAAGGAAAAGAGAUCGAAGAAGAAUGAUAAGAGAAAAAGAAUUGUAUCUGUCAGUGAUCACAGCAACAACGAGACUAAUAUUAGCGUUAAUGGAGUUAAAGAAGCCAGCAGUGCGUUGUCGGAGACAUCGUCGCCGCAGUCACAGGCGUCGCAAGCGUCGCAAGCGUCGCAGGUGGCGCUCGACCACUCGUACUGCCGGCCGCCGCCCGACCUCGCCGACUCCGCCGCAGUACCCGGCGCUUCGCCCUCGCCCACGCUCGGGUCACAACGACGUACCUCCAACCAUCUGCAACACGAUCACGGCUACACGUGGAUGGCUGAGCCAGUGAGCGAAACGAUACAAGAGGAGAUCAAACCUAAGAAAGAGACCAAACGGCCGUAUAAGAGGAAAUAUGAAACGAAGAAGUUGGCUGAAAUACAGAAUAAACUGUACUCGAGUCAGGAGGAGCUGACUACGCCGACGUCGGACGGAUGGUCGUUCAAGGCGCGGGACAUAAUGAGUGAGAUGCAGGUGAUGUACGAGUUCCUGACCCGCGGCAUCGACCGAGAGGACGUGGAGUUCCUGCGGCGCGCGUACGAGACGCUGCUGGCCGAGGAGCCGCAGGGCUACUGGCUCAACGACACGCACUGGGUCGACCACCCGCCCACCGACGUCUGCUACAGCCCGCCGCGCAAGCGCAGCAAGCGCCACACCAACAUCUAUGAGGACCUGCAGGGCCACUCGAGUGGGUCGGCUCGAACGGAAGGAUACUACAAGAUGGACGCGCGAUUGAAGGCUAAAUAUAAAUACCACCACGGUCGCAGUACAGGCAACACCGCAGCGCUACAGCAACAAACAGACGACAAGAAAGCUUCCAAGAUGCAACUGUUAUCCAGGGAGGCUAGGUCAAACCAGAGAAGGCUGCUCACUGCAUUUGGUACAGAUACGGAUUCAGAUCUGUUGAAGUUCAAUCAACUGAAGUUCAGAAAGAAACAGUUGAAGUUUGCUAAGUCUGGCAUCCACGAUUGGGGUCUCUUUGCUCAGGAGCCGAUAGCGGCAGACGAGAUGGUGAUCGAAUACGUGGGGCAGAUGAUCCGUCCGAUAGUGGCGGAUGUUCGCGAGGCGCAAUAUGAGGCGACCGGCAUCGGCAGCUCAUAUCUAUUCCGCAUCGACCUCGACACCAUCAUAGAUGCGACCAAGUGCGGCAACCUGGCCAGAUUUAUCAACCACAGUUGCAAUCCUAACUGCUACGCGAAGAUAAUAACAAUAGAGUCUCAAAAGAAAAUAGUAAUAUACUCAAAACAACCGAUUGGUGUAGACGAAGAGAUCACUUACGACUACAAGUUCCCGCUCGAGGACGAGAAGAUCCCCUGCUUGUGUGGAGCGCCGCAGUGUCGAGGCUUCCUUAACUGAACGUGGCGUGGCGGAUACUCGCGGCCACGGAAAUAUAUAUAUACAGUUUCAUACGAGUGCAGUUUUAUCGAUACAGUAUUCAAGUGUUUAUUCAGUGUCACGUACUUCGUCUUAUUCGAUCUGUAUCAAUCUCAUUGUUUUAUUGAAGGUCACUUAGAAAAGGCGGUGAAGGAAUGGGUUUUGAAGCCAUUUUUUUUUAUAUUAUUGAAAACGGUAAAUUAUCUAAGGUCACGACUCGGUUUGGACUUGAAAUAGUGGAUUACAAAAUUUGCAUGAUUAAUGAAAUUCAGUAAUGUAUUUGAAGGACACCGUGUGUGUAUUUUGUCUAUAUAAAUGCCUGAAUAUCAUUUAAUA